UGUUUCUGUUGUUUGUCUGUUUCAUUGUGAUUUUAGAAUACCCCAAAAUGGGACAACAACUAACCACCCCCCUGAGUUUAACUCUAGAUCACUGGAAAGAAGUUAAGAGCCAAGCUCACAAUCAAUCUGUGGAAAUUAAGAAGCACCAAUGGAUAACCUUUUGUUCCUCUGAGUGGCCAAUGUUUAAUGUUGGUUGGCCUCGGGAUGGGACAUUUGAUUCUGAUGUUAUUUUGCAGGUUAAAGCUAAAAUCUUCUCCCCUGGACUAACGGGGCAUCCGAACCAAGUGGCUUACAUAGUCACUUGGGAAAACCUUUCCCUGGACCCACCACCGUGGGUGACUCCUUUUCUCAGUCCUUCACAAAGAACCCCCCUCCCUUCUGCCCCUAACCCGGACCCUCCAACGUUCUCCUUGUAUCCUGUGGUGGUGAAACCUAAACCUGUUCUACCCCCUGAUGAGAGUGUUCCUGCUGAUCUGCUGAGUGAGAAUCCCCCUCCCUACCACCCUCCUCCGCAGGCCACUGUGGCUGUUCCAGACGACGCCCAAGCAGAAGGACCGGAGGUCGCCCCCUCCCCCAUCGCGGGGUGACUCAGAGACAGGAGAGGACAGGGAGAUUCCUCACACAUCCUUCCCCUCCGACUCGCAGGAGGGGAAGGAAACCAGUUACAGUACUGGCCCUUCUCCGCUUCAGACCUGUAUAACUGGAAAACUCAUAACCCGUCCUUUUCCCAAGACCCGCAGGCUCUAACAGCCUUGAUAGAAUCUAUCCUCCUUACCCACCAACCCACGUGGGACGAUUGCCAGCAGCUCCUGCAGGUCCUCCUAACUACGGAGGAAAAGCAGAGAGUCAUUCUUGAAGCCCGAAAGCAUGUCCCAGAGGCAGACGGGAGACCAACCCAACUACCAAACGAGAUCGAGACUGCCUUUCCCCUCACCAGACCUGCUUGGGAUUUCAACACGGCUGAAGGUAGGGAACACCUACGUCUUUAUUGCCAGGUGCUUGUAGCAGGCCUCCAAGGGGCAGGGAGAUGCCCCACCAAUUUGGCCAAGGUAAGGUCAGUGACACAGGGAGCAGACGAGCCGCCCACUGUGUUUCUAGAAAGACUUAAAGAGGCAUAUCGGAGGUACACUCCCUUUGAUCCAGACAGCCCCGAUCAGGAAGUAAGUGUUUCCAUGUCUUUCAUAUGGCAAUCAGCUCCUGAUAUUAGGAGUAAACUCCAAAGAAUGGAGAAUUUACAGGGGCAAGGUCUUAGGGACCUCUUAAGGGAGGCAGAGAGGAUCUUUAACAAAAGGGAAACACCAGAGGAGAAAGAAGAAAGACAAAAAAGAGAGGCAGAAGAUAGAGAGGCAGUGAGAGAUCGAAAGCGAAAUAAAGAAUUAAGUAGAAUCCUGGCCACAGUAGUGAGAAAAGAAAAUGAAGUCAGAAUAGAAAGGGGGGGAGAUCGAGGGCGUGUCUGGUUAGAAAAAGACCAGUGCGCCUACUGCAAGGAAAGAGGACACUGGGUAAAGAACUGCCCCAAGAAAAAGAAAAAACAGCAAGAAGAAAAAGCUGAGAUCCUCAACCUCGAUUAGGGAGGUCGGGGCCAGGAACCCCCACCUGAGCCCAGGGUAACUCUUCAUGUGGGGGGACAGCCAGUCACCUUCAUGGUAGACACUGGGGCGCAACAUUCCGUCCUCACCCAAACGACUGGCCCGCUUAGUAAAAAGACAAUAUGGGUAGAAGGGGCUACUGGAGCAAAGCGUUACUGCUGGACUACAGGCCGGAAAGUCCAGCUCGCCUCAGGGACCGUGACUCAUACCUUUUUACAUGUACCAGACUGUCCCUACCCUUUGUUAGGAAGAGAUCUACUAACCAAGCUUGGAGCACACAUUUAUUUUGAAAGAAAAGGGGCUAGAAUCACAGAUUCCACAGGAGCACCGAUACAGGUACUUACCCUCCGACUAGAAGAUGAAUAUGAAAAGCUGGGGUAUGCGAAGGGGGUCCUGACUCAAAAAUUUGGGCCGUGGAGACGCCCCGUAGCUUACUUAUCAAAGACACUAGACCCAGUGGCUGCCGGCUGGCCACCUUGUCUGAGGAUGGUGGCUGCCCUGGCAGUCCUGGUCAAAGAUGCUUCCAAGUUGACUAUGGGUCAGCCCCUAUGCAUACGGUCCCCCCACGCUCUCGAGUCUCUCAUCAAACAGCCCCCGGACCGAUGGCUCUCGAAUGCCCGGAUGACUCAUUAUCAGGCCUUGCUCCUGGACACUGACCGCAUUCAGUUCGGACUCCCCGUCGCCCUCAACCCCGCGACAUUGCUACCCUCUGCAGAAGAACCCAACUCCCAGGCUGACCAUGACUGCCAUCGUGUCCUGGCUGAGGUUUUUGGCACUCGACCAGACCUCAGCGAUCAACCUAUAGAGGGAGCAGAUUACACCUGGUACACGGAUGGAAGCAGUUUCCUUUCAGAGGGUAAGCGCUGGGCAGGGGCAGCGGUCACCUCGGACAACAAAGUGAUAUGGGCAGAACCCUUACCAGAGGGGACAUCCGCGCAAAAGGCUGAGCUAGUGCCCCUGACGCAGGCCCUGCGACUGGCAGAAGGUAAGAGGUUGAAUGUAUAUACUGAUAGCCGAUAUGCCUUCACCACUGCGCACAUCCACGGGGAGAUUUAUAAAAGAAGGGGGCUCCUUACUUCAGGAGGAAAAGAAAUAAAAAAACAAAGCUGA